AUGAUUGUUGACUCGUCCACAGCGUCCUAUGCGCAAAACCUACCAUCAGAGAUUAUAUAUUCCAUUUUGAAGCAAAUCACUGCAAUGUCGGACGUAUACAGCUGUAGUCUUGUCUGCAAAACAUGGUGUUAUUUGGCUUUGGAAGUACUAUGGUUCAAGCCAGGCUUCCAGUCUGCGUCAACCUUGGCACUCUGCAGUUCACUCUUGCGCCAAGAACCUUCUACGCUCAUGUUUCCCUAUCCAUCGAUGAUACGACGUCUCAAUCUAUCAAAUCUCUCUAGCGAUAUCUUUGACUCCACAUUGUCUUGUUUAGCAGGCUGUCACCGACUGGAGAGAAUAACGCUAGCAGGGUGUACAAGACUUACCGACAGCGGAGUGCUUGCCUUAUUACAGAACAAAGUUGGUCAGAACUUGAUAUCGGUUGACUUGAGUGAUGUCGUCAAUGUUACGGACACCGCUAUUCUGGCUAUUGCAGAAAAGUGCCCAAGGUUGCAAGGAUUAAAUCUCAGUAUGUGCAAGGACACUCACGAGCAUCCUGAGUCUGUGCAAAUCCAUGAUGAAAGCAUUGUUAGAAUUGCUGAGAAAUGUCCAGCUUUAAGACGGAUAAAGCUGAGCAACUGUGUUCAUCUGACUGAUCGCUCCGCUAUUGCACUGGCUACACAUUGCAAGGUUUUAUUAGAAAUCGAUCUCAUGAAUUGUCAUUUGAUAAGCAAUGAUGCUCUUAUAGCUAUCUUUCAGCAUUGCUCAGAACUGAGAGAAUUCCGUAUCAACCAAUGCAGACGAAUUCUCGACACCGCCUUUACACAAUCAGCUCUGGCAACCAAACCUCCUGGAUUUUACCACCAGCUCCGCAUACUCGACUUGACGAAUGUAAAUGCUAUUACCGACCAAAGUGUCGCAGUCAUCGUGAAAGCUGCUCCCAAAAUACGAAAUUUGAUAUUAAACAAAUGCGACAAGAUCACAGACGAGUCUGUUUUUUCCAUCUGCAGACUUGGCCGACACCUUCAUUAUCUCCAUCUUGGACAUUGUGACAAACUGACCGAUCGGUCCAUCAUACAACUUGCGCAUCAAUGUAUGCGGAUACGCUACCUGGAUCUUGCUUGCUGCAUACAACUUACGGAUCGCGCAGUCAUGGAAUUGGCCAUUCUUCCAAAAUUGAAGCGUAUUGGCUUAGUCAAGUGCCAAAACAUCACAGAUGAAGCCAUUUUCUCUCUCACCAACCUUUCACGUAUGACGAAUUCUUUGGAGAGAGUGCAUCUCAGUUAUUGUACAAAGCUCACAGUCCCGUCUAUUACCCACCUUGUUCGAUCAUGCCAUCGCUUAACUCAUUUAAGUUUGACUGGCGUUCUACCUUUUUUGCGACGUGAUUUUCAACGAUUUUGCCGUCCACCUCCUAGAGAUUUUAAUCCCCAACAACGAAGCGCAUUUUGUGUAUUCAGUGGAAAAGGUGUACGAGACCUACGAAACUAUUUUACUCGAAUCCGUCCAUUGCACAACACUUUGGAUGAUAUACCCCCCUCACAUGUCAUGCCAGACUUUCGCCAAACAACCAUGCAGUCUUUACAAAAUGACACUAUCUACAUGGAAAUAGAUGGUGAUGUUGACGGUGACGGCGACGGUGACGGCGACGGCGACGGUGAUAAUGACAUGGAAGACAUGGAAGAUGUAUAA